CCCCAUCCCAGCGCCAUCCCAGGCGGCCUCGGGAACGCGCGAGAGUCCGGCGGGAUCCCCCCACCCCCCCCGAGGGGAGCCCGUCUCCGCCGAGGGGACCCCGGAGCCCGGGACACCCCUGGGGGGGACCCCAACACCCGCUGGGACACCCCCCGAGGGUGGGGGGCACCCCCGAAGGGACCCUCGGCCUCUGCGCUGGGCGUCACUCUCGGGGGGGGGGGGGACAGACAGCCGGGACCCCCCCAAAAACGGGACCGGGGCGUCCCCGCCCCUUCCGAGGCUCGCGGGACACCGGGACCCCCCCCGAGGGCCCCGAGGGUCCGGGACCCCCCCUCGAGGGGUUCUCAGCGCCCGGAGCGGAGUCUGGGGGGUCUCGGGGGGACAAUGUGGGGCUGGGGGGGGCUCUGGGCGGCGCUGGUGGCGCUGGUGGCGCUGGGGGGGGCGCGGGGGGGGCGCGGCCGUGGCCCGGGAGCGGUUCAAGGUGGUCUUCGCCCCCCUGAUCUGCCGGAGGACGUGUCUGAAGGGGCUGUGCCGGGACUCGUGCCAGCCCGGCUCCAACAUGACCCUGAUCGGCGAGAACGGGCACGCGGCCGACACGCUGACCGGCUCCGGGUUCCGAGUGGUGGUGUGCCCCCUGCCCUGCAUGAACGGGGGGCAGUGCAGCUCCCGCUCUCACUGCCUGUGCCCCCCCAACUUCACCGGCCGCUUCUGCCAGGUCCCCGCGGGGGGGGGAGGGGCUCGAGCAGGGGGGGGACCCCCCCCUCCUCCCCCCCCCGCGCCCCCCGACCCCGCCGCCGCCCCCCCGGAGCCCGGCCCCGGUUCCAAGGUCGCCGUUUACGCCGUUCAGGUCAUCGCCGAUGGCCCCGGGGGGGCGGCCGCGCCCCCCGACCACGCCACCUUCGUCGUGCCCCUGGGACCGGGACAUCACUCGGCUGAAGCCCAGGUGCCCCCUCCCCUGGUGAACGUCCGGGUCCAUCACCCCCCCGAGGCCUCGGUCCAGGUUCACCGGAUCGAGCCGCGCCCCCCCGAGGGGGCUCCCCGAAUUGGGGGGGGGCUCCUGGCUCACCCAGCCCAGCCCCCCGCGGGCAGCAAACCCCCCGCGCCCCCCCGGCCCCACACCCACAAACCGCUGGGGCGCUGCUUCCAGGAGACCCUGCCCAAGCACUCGUGCGGCAGUAACCCCCUGCCCGGGCUCACCAAGCUCGAGGAUUGCUGCGGCAGCAUCGGCAGCGCCUGGGGACAGAGCAAGUGCCACAAAUGUCCCCACCUGCAGGGUUCGGGGUCCCCGAAGGCGGCGCGGGGGGAGCGCGGGGGGGACUGUCCGCAGGGCUACAAACGGCUCAACAGCUCCCACUGCCAGGACAUUAACGAGUGCGCCCUGCCCGGGGUGUGCCAGCCCGGCGAGUGCCGCAACACCCAGGGGAGUUUCCGCUGCUCCUGCUCGGCCGGACACGUGCUGGGCCCGUCCCGGAGCCAGUGCCUGCCCGAGCCGGCCGAGGAGCGGGGUCUGUGUUUCCGCCUGGUGUCGGGGUCCCAGCAGUGCCAGCACCCCCUCCCCACCCGCCUGACCCGCCGGACCUGCUGCUGCAGCGUGGGCAAGGCCUGGGGGGGGCGCUGCCAGCGCUGCCCCCCCGACGGCACCGCCGCGUUCAAGGCCAUCUGUCCGGCGGGGAAGGGUUACCACGUGCUGACCUCGCACCAGACGCUGACCAUCCAGGGCGAGAGCGACUUCACGCUGCACAUCCACCCCGACGGGACCCCCGAGCGACCCCCGCGACCCCCCCCCGGGGGCGGGGGGCGCGGAGGGGACGGAGGGGACAGAGGGGACAGAGGGGACAGAGGGGACAUCGCUGUCCCCCCCCAGCUCCCCGCGUUCGGGAGCCCCUCGGAGGAGCAGGGACUGGAGCAGCCCCCGGGGAGCAGCGAGACCCCCCGGUACCCCGCUCUCGUUGCCCGCCCCACUCCGGCCCCGCUCUGGCGCCUCCCCCCGGAGCAGCUCACGCGCAGCGCGGCCGAGAUCGCGCCCACGCAGGUCACGGAGACGGACGAGUGCAAACUGAACCGGAACAUUUGCGGGCCCGGCGAGUGCGUGAUGGGUCCGGGCGGGUACAGCUGCCUCUGCUUCCCCGGGUACCGCUGGCACCCGCAGCGCCGCUACUGCACCGAUGUGAACGAGUGCGAGGCCGAGCCGUGCGGCGCCGGGCGCGGGGUGUGCAUGAACACGGGCGGCUCGUACACGUGUCAUUGUCACCGCGGGUUCCAACUGCGCCUGCACAAGGGACUGAGAACCUGCGCAGACAUCGACGAGUGCGCCAAGGGUGACGUGUGCGGGGACGGUGGCACCUGCGCCAACGUGCCGGGCCACUACAAGUGCGAGUGUCACCCGGGCUACCGGCGCAAGGGCUCGCGGCCACCGCUCUGCGAAGACAUCAACGAGUGCCUGGACGCGGGGACCUGUCCCGACUCCAAGUGUGAGAAUCAACCCGGGGGCUUCGUGUGCACCCCCUGCCCCCCCGGCUACCGCGGCCUCAACGGCGCCUGCCUCGAUGUGAACGAGUGCGAGGCUGGGGGGCUCUGCCCCGGGGGGAGCUGUGUCAACACCCCCGGCUCCUACAAGUGCCAGUGCCCCCCCGGGCUGCAGCCGGGCCGGGACCCCCCCCGCUGCCAAGACAUCGACGAGUGCGAGUUCGCGGCCGCCUGCGUGGGGGGCGAUUGUGUGAACACGGCGGGGUCGUACCGGUGCCUGUGCCCGCCCGGGUACGCGCUGCUGCACGGCCGGCGCUGCCAGGACAUCGAUGAGUGCGCUCUGGAGCCGGGGCUGUGCCCCCCCCCCGGCACCUGCACCAACCUCGAGGGCUCCUUCAGCUGCCGCUGCCCCCCCGGGCUCGCCCCCAGCCCCGACGGGCGCCGCUGCCUCCCCCGGGAGCCCCCCGCCCCCCGGAAGGAAUGUUACCUGAGCCUGGAGCUGCCCGCGUUCUGCGACUCCGUGCUGGGCACCAACGUCACCCGCGGGGAGUGCUGCUGCUCGGUGGGGGCCGGGUGGGGGGACCUGUGCGAGGUGUACCCCUGCCCCCUCCCCAAUUCCGCCGAGUUCGUGGCGCUCUGUCCCGACGGGCGCGGAUUCAUCCAGGACGAGAACGGGAUCGAUUACGGGCUGCCCGCGCACCGGGACAUCGAUGAGUGCGGGCUCUUCGGGGACGAGAUCUGCAAGGGGGGGAAGUGCGUGAACACCCAGCCGGGCUACGAGUGCUACUGCAAGGCGGGCUUCGACUACGACAGCGCCCUGCGGCAGUGCCUGGAUGUGGACGAGUGUCUGGACGAGUCCAACUGCGUGGACGGCGCGUGCGAGAACACGCGCGGCUCCUUCCGCUGCACCUGCGGGCCGGGGGCGCGGUACAACCCCGGGCUGAGGCGGUGCGUGCCCGGCCCCGAGCCCGAGCGCCCCUCCCCCCCGGAGCGGCGGGACGUGUGCUGGCAGCGGCGGGGGGAGGAGGGGGUGUGCGGGGCGCCCCUCGGGGGGGGACCCCUGACCCAGGAGGAGUGCUGCUGCCGGGGGGGGGCGGGGUGGGGACCCCACUGCCGGCCCUGCCCCCGGGCCGCGGGGCUGCCGUGCCCCCCCUCGCAGAGCGAGAGCAAUUCCUUCUGGGACGUCAGCCCGAUGGGGCUGGGGGCGCCGCGCAGAGGCGAGGACAGCUCCGAGGAGGACUCAGCCGAGUGUCCGUGUCCCGGGGGGGUCCCCGGGCGCUGCCUCCGCUCCCCCCGGGGGGGCUGCGAGUGCCCCCCGGGCUUCCAGCCCGACCCUGCCCGGAGCCGCUGCCUCGAUAUCGAUGAGUGCCGGGACCCCCGGGGGGGGCCGCGCUGCCCCCGCGAGCGCUGCAUCAACACCAGCGGCUCCUUCCGCUGCGCCUGCAAAGCCGGGACCAGCCGGGCCCGCCCCGGGGGGCUCUGCCUGCCCCAGCGCCGCUGAGCCGCGACCCCCG